AGUCUAAUUUUUUCGGUUUAUUGAGUGAAUCGAAUUUAUGUUUGAGUGAAAGGUUAUUCUACGGAAAGAGAGUGUUCUUCAUUCAAAAAAAAAAAUAUGUUCCAAGGAUCCAACCGAGCAUGUCACGUCCGAAUUCAUAUGUCCCAUCGCAUACAGCCGAAUGUUCUGACAAUUCACUUGUUUAUAAAUACUGUGUGUUGACAUUUGAUUCAAAUAUUUGUCACAAGUCCUAACCCAACAUUCAGUUGUUUGAAUAAUUUUUGCGUUGAUAUCGGGUGAAAACACUAUUUUUGGAAAUGACUAUUGUGCAGACAGUCAAACGAUCCAAAUUAUUUUAUGUAACCACUCCAAUUUUCUAUGUGAACGCAGCACCACAUAUUGGACAUUUGUAUUCAGCCAGUAUUGCUGAUUGUGUGUAUCGUUAUGAAAAACUUCGGAAUCGUUCGGAGAAGCUUCUAUUCAGCACUGGAACAGAUGAACAUGGUUCGAAAAUCCAACAGGCUGCCAUUGCACACGAUCAAAACCCGAUGCAAUAUUGUAAUCAGAUAAGUGAAUGUUAUAAGACACUCUUCGCUAAAUCGGGUAUCAGUUAUACGCAUUUUAAUCGGACCACCGAUAAGAAACGUCAUUUUCCAGCUGUUCAACAUUUUUGGAAAGAAUUAGAGGCAAAGGACUACAUUUACAAAGCAAAUUACGCUGGUUGGUAUUGCGUAUCGGAUGAAACAUUUUUGACCGAGUCUCAAUUGAAGGAGAAUGAAAAGAAGGAGAAGGUGUCUGCUGAAUCUGGGCAUCCGGUGAAAUGGGUCGAAGAAAGUAACUACAUGUUUAGGCUGUCAAAGUUGCAUGGUGACAUUGAGCAUUGGAUUAAGAGCAGUCAACCGAUUCGUCCGAAGAAAUUCGAAAAGGUGCUAAUGGAGUAUUUGAAAGAGCCACUUCAAGAUAUUUCCAUAUCACGGCCAAUUGAUCGUGUUUCAUGGGCUAUUCCAACACCAAAUGAUAACACUCAGACCGUGUAUGUUUGGCUUGAUGCCCUUUGUAACUAUUUACAAAGUGCUGGUUAUCCGGAUCCGAAGUUCAAAGAGAAUUGGCCACCGCAACUGCAGGUGAUUGGCAAAGACAUUUUGAAAUUCCAUGGAAUCUAUUGGCCGGCAUUUUUAAUCGCUGCAGGUUUGGAGCCACCAGUUCGACUAUUGGUUCAUUCUCAUUGGACGGUGGACGAUCAGAAAAUGUCGAAGAGUAAAAACAAUGUGAUUGAUCCGAACAUAGUGGCUGAAAAAUAUACAUAUGAAGGUCUUCGAUACUUUUUGCUACGUGAAGGUGUACCGCACAGUGAUGGAAAUUACAGCAGUUCAAAAGCAACGCGUAUAAUUAACGCCGAACUAGUUAAUACUUUGGGCAAUUUACUAUCACGCAUUUGCGCUCCAGCAUUGAACAAGCGACAAGUAGUACCGAAAUGCACUCGAAAAGAGUUGCACGAUUUUAAUUAUAGUCACAAAUUGAUGAAAAAACUCAAGCAAUUGCCAUCGGUGUAUGAAGAACACUUUGAAUCGUACAACUUCUAUUUGGCCAUCGAUGAAAUCGUCGCAACGCUUCACCUAACAAACAACUUGAUUCAAGAGUCGGAACCUUGGAAACUUGUCAAAUAUCCCGCUACGGAGCAAAAAUUAGAGGCCGUAUUAGCGCUUGUAUUCGAAUCAUUGAGGAUCAAUGGCAUUCUAUUGCAACCAAUCGUGCCAAUGAAAGCGCAAAAAAUCUUAGAUAAAAUCAAUGUCAGUCCCGAUAGAAGGUCAUGGAAAGACACUGAAUACCAACUCGAUGUUGAACACGAAGAACGACCUCUCCAUAGUAGUACUAGCAAACUUAUAGACAGAAUUAAAUAAGUAAUGCGAACUUUCACUUUAAUUUUUUUAGUUUGAUUCAUAGAAUAAACAAAAUUGGCUAAAAUGGAAAAAUUGCUCAUCUGUUUCGAAACUACUGUAAUUGAAGGGGAAAUAUUCGAAUUAUCCCUUUUUAGUACUAACAAUUACCGCAGUUCACAUUGAAACACAAAACAAUAUUUUGCUAGAAUUUUUUUUUCGCAAUAGAUUCAGGAGCGUUCAACUGCUGUACAUUUGAAAUCGUGUUCCGACUUUAAAUAUGUUUAAAUUUUACAAAAAAUGCGGCUCCUUUCCAAGAAUCAAUAAUAAAAACAACGGUCAGUUAAUA